AUUGUUUGUGCAGUCCUGCGGCUAAGAGCGCUUCCCAGAUGGGAAGGAGAGCAAGUGAGUGGGCGGUUUAUGAUUCUGCCCUGCGCCGGGACGACAGAGCCGAACCCUUUGAUUUCUCCCAAGUAACCUGUGUGGGUGAACUUUAAACUGGGGGCCUGCUUGACUCUGGAUCUUUUUCUGCCGGCUGGGGAGUUAGCUCCUCCACCAGAAGCUGGCUUUCUGCCUUCAGAAGGAAGGAUGCCCCGGAGAGGCGUAGGAUUACGUUUAGGGAUGCUAGCCAUACAGCCAAGAGUCGGGGUACCUUGGCUCUUCUUUGCAAAGUCUUGGCAAGUGUGCCUGAAAUGACCACGCCGUUUCUUUUCUUUUCUUUCUUUUUUUCUUUUUUAAAGCUUGUACUUCUAUUUAUUUUUAUUUUUUUUGCCCGUGGACCGCCCUCCAGAAAUUGGUGCCUCAAUGUGGCUAGAGUAGACCCUUUUUGAAAAUAUAUCUUUAAUCCUUCCUUUUCCUUUUAAUCGGGCACACAGAAGCACAAUGCCUGCCCGACUCCCAGCAUCGUCUGGAUAAGUGGAAAAGGGGGCAGGCUCCUUUUAAGGACUCCGGCCAAUUCUAAAAAGCCAGCUUUUUGUUUGUUGGGCCGCCUUUUGUCUCUAGAGGAUUUUGAUGUGAAAGAAGAUGAAAAAGGAAGGCGCCUCAGGUUCCUUCAGACUCAAGGCAAACCCAGGCUCCCUCUCACGUGCCGUGAGUUGGAUAAAUUUCUCUUCCCUGUCCAGGCAGACAAAGAGGCUGUUUCGCAGUGAUGGAGAGCUGUCCGUGUGUGGGCAGCAGGUGGAAGCAGAUGAUGAGAACUGGAUAUACAGAAGCAGAAAAGCGGUUUCCAACCUAGAUGAGGAGAGUCGAUGGACAGUCCACUACACAGCACCCUGGCAUCAGCAGGAGAAUGUUUUUCUUCCCAGUACGAGACCCCCCUGUGUUGAGGAUCUGCACCAACAAGCCAAGCUCAACCUCAAAUCAGUGCUGAGGGAAUGCGACGUGCUGCGGCGUGAUGGAUGCCGCAGCUCUCAGUACUAUUCCCAGGGACCCACCUUCGCAGCCAGCUCCAGCCCUUGCGACGAUUACCAAGAUGAGGAUGCAGAAACAGAUCAAAAGUGUUCUCUCUCCUCAUCCGAAGAAGAAAGAUUUAUUGGCAUCAGGAGACCUAAAACACCAACCUCAGUUGACUUCUCCGACCUUCACACCCAGACGAACUGGACCAAGUCCCUGCCGCUCCCAACACCAGAAGAGAAGACGCGGCAGCAAGCCCAGACGGUCCAGGCUGAUGUUGUUCCUAUUAACAUAACUGCAUCAGUCACUGGCCAAGAUGAUGAUGGUCGUGGUCAUUCAGUGUACACCCCAGACCACUACUCUACACUAGGAAGGCUUGAUAGCUAUCGGUCUACCGGGCAGCGCUCGGAAACCAGGGACUCCAGCUGUCAGACUGAAGAUGUAAAAGUCAUCCCACCAUCAAUGAGAAGGAUCAGGGCGCACAAAGGGCUAGGCAUCGCUGCCCAGAUGAGCCACCUCUCAGGCUCCUCUGGCAACAUGUCUGUGCUGAGCGACUCCGCCGGCAUUGUGUUCCCAUCUCGCCUCCACAACGAUGCCGAUUUCCACAGUCUCCCACGUCCUGGUGCUAGAACGAGCACCUAUUCGCUGGAGGCAAGGAUGGGUGCCCUGGGCUCUGCCGAGGAUGCGGAUGAUACUUUUCCCUGCUCAGGGGGUAGCUCACGGGGGCACGACAACUUUGCACAUUUAGGAGGUGCCUCGAGGUCUGGAAUGCUUUUGAGACCUAAAUCCCAGCCACUCAGGUUCUCGGAGGGUGAGAACGUAGCAAGUCCAGCGUGUGUGGUUUCGCCUCAUGCAUCCUACUCGACCAGCGUCAUUCCAAAUGCCACGCUGCUGUCCUCUUCAGAGGUCAUUGUUAUUCACACUGCUCAGAGUGUAGGACAGCUGGACAGUCGCAUGCCUGGCUCUUCCACGUACUCAAAGAUAAAACCCAGAGACCGCCCUACGCCCAGAUGUCCCGUGAAAGAUGAACAUCAGUCCCCCAGUCAUCACUGGAAUGAGAGUCAUCUUAUUCAUUCACAGGCUUUAGCCUCGUCGGCCUCCAGUGCCACCACACUGUUAUCCCUCUGCGAUUCAGAGGGCUCUCUCAGUGCCCCAGCAAGUAGAGAGAAUGGGUCUCAAGCCAUACCCUAUCAUUGUAGAAACAACCUGAGCUUCCCUGCCCACCCUCCAGACGUGGAUGGCAAGAGCGAGUCUAGUUAUUCAGGGGACAGGGGGCAUGGCGGUUCUGAGCCCUGGGAAUAUAAAGGCCCCAGCAAUGGACGGUCAUCCCCACUGAAGCCACACUCGGCCACCCCUGGUGGCUCUACUCCCACAAGUAACAUGAGCAGCUGCAGUUUGGGCCAAACAUCUGUCAAGGAGGAUGCCAGGUCCCUGUAUUCAGAGGAUCAUGAUGGUUACUAUAUGACCACUCACAGUGAUUCUAGACAUGAGGCUGGGAACUUGUACAGUGUCAGUGAUGGCUUUGGGAACCCCAGGCACAGCACAGCCAAUGUUUUUGAUGGCAGGCCUCCGAGAAGCCAAGGGGAGCAGGCCAGUCACCAGGAGAAAUCCCUUUCCAGAAACAUCUCUCUGAAGAAAGCAAAGAAACCACCCCUGCCACCCUCGCGGACAGACUCUCUGCGAAGGAUCCCCAAGAAGAACAGCCAGUCCAACGGGCAGGUACUCAAUGAGAGCCUGAUCGCCUCUCUCCAGCACUCGCUGCAGCAAAGCCUCCCUGGUAAGGGCGGCAGCUCCCCUUCCCAGAGCCCGUGCAGUGACUUUGAGGAACCCUGGCUCCCUCGGUCCCGGAGCCAGAGCAUUGUCAGUGAAGAAAGCAGCAUGACCUCCUCCACCACCACGGCCAACGUGUACUCCCUGCGCGGGGUCACUCCAUCGCAGAGCGACACGAGCAGCGUCAAGUCAGAAUACACAGACCCUUGGGGCUACUACAUUGACUACACAAGCUUGCAGGAAGAUCCAGGGAACCCCACAGGGGGGCGCUCUGGCAGCAGUGAGGCGCCAACUGGAAAUGGGCCAGUCUGCCCCAUCCCAGAGAGGUCCAGAGUCCCCAUGCCCCAAGUGCCUAGUGGCUCAGGUAAACCAAAGAUCACCUCACCGGAGAAGUCACAGAGAGUCACCUCUCCAUCCAGUGGGUAUUCCAGCCAGUCGAAUACGCCCACAGCACUCACGCCUGUGCCUGUGUUUCUAAAGUCGAUGUCACCAGCAAAUGGGAAGGGGAAGGCCAAGCCCAAGGUGCCAGAAAGAAAGUCGUCCCUCGUCUCCUCCCUGUCCGUCUCCUCCUCGUCCACGUCCCUCUCCUCUAAUACUUCGACAGAAGGAAGUGGCACCAUGAAGAAACUGGAUGCUGCCCUGGCCUCGCCCCUUGCUCCUCCCCCACCUCUGCCCCCUCUGCCCUCCCCCUGUCUGGCAGACAGGUCCCCCUGUCUUCCACCGCCGCCUCCUCUAGCAGAUUGCUCCGAGGGCUCUCCUCUGCCUCCCUCUCCCGUGUUCCCCCCUCCACCACCAGAAGCUCUUGCUCCCUUCUGCUCCCCGACAGACAGGUGCCUUUCUCCUCCCUCCACGGUUCUGAGCCCCCCUCUUCCGAGAGCCCCACCCCCCUUGCCAGCCCCUCCACCUCUCUUGCCCCCAUCAGAACCCCCUCCCGCCCCACCCCUGGACCCCAAAUUCAUGAAAGACAACAGCAGGCCUUCUUGCAAAAACUCUAGCCAGUCCGAAUCCUCCAGGGAGGCCGUGCGGCGGCCUGCCAACAAGGAGGAGGGCUGCCGACCCCCCAUGCCCCUGAUCACCACGGAGGCGUUGCAGAUGGUGCAGUUGAAGCCAGUGAGAAAGAACUCAGGCGCCGAGGCCGCCCUGUUUUCUGAACCAUCCGCUCAGGAACAACGAACUCCGACUGCUCCACAGUAUCACUUAAAGCCAUCUGCUCUCCUCAAAUCCCGAAAUAGCAUAAAUGAAAUGGAGAGUGAAAGCCAGCCUGCCUCUGUGACAAGCUCGCUUCCGACGCCUGCCAAGAGCCAGAGUCAGGGUGACCAGGACAGUGCAGCCGAGCGUGGCGGCCUCCCGAGCCGCAGUGAUGGAGCUCCGUGUCCAGGGCCCAGCCUCAGGACCACGCCGCUCCCGGACUCUUCCCCCAGCAGGAAGCCACCCCCCAUCUCCAAGAAGCCCAAACUGUUCCUGGUGGUACCACCUCCGCAGAGAGAUUUCACAGCGGAGCCCACAGAGAACGGGAGCGAAGCAUUCCCAGGCGUGCCCAGCCCUACCAGGGCAGAGGGGGAGGCCGUGCACAGCCAAGAGGAGAAAGCCAGCCCAGCAUCCCGAGCUGGUGGUUCUCAUGCUCCGGCCCCCACCCUCGGCAGUCCGGCUCUGGAAAGAGGAGCUGCAGGGUCCUUGUCCCCUGGCAGCGUGGAAACCAAUGCCCCCAUGGUCCAGCCCAGUGCCUCCCCGGGCCCCGCACAGGAAGAGUCAGCCGAGAGCAGCGUGGAUGGUGAGGACAAUUUGGAGAGCUGCCUGUCUCAACAGGGCAGAGAAGCUGGGCUGCGGGAACCCAACACAGCUGCUUCCUCCUUGGAUGCUGGGGACUUCUCUAAGGAAGAAGGGAGUGAUGACAUGAUGACCCCCACUAGACCCAGGACCACAGAGGACCUGUUUGCGGCCAUUCACAGAUCAAAAAGGAAAGUCCUUGGCCGGAAAGACUCAGAAGAUGAUCACACCCGGAAUCACUCUCCAUCCCCGCCAGUGACCCCCACGGGUGCUGCACCUAGCCUGGCCUCUCCGAAGCAAGUAGGGUCCAUUCAGAGAAGCAUGAAGAAGAGCACUACCAGCAGCGACAGCUUCAAAGCUCUGCUGCUGAAGAAGGGGAGCCGCUCGGACACCAGCGCUCGCAUGUCGGCCGCGGAGAUGCUCAAGUCCACGGACCCUCGAUUCCAGAGAUCCAGGUCGGAGCCUUCGCCAGACGUCCCGGACAGCCCGUCCAGCUGCUCCCCCAACAAGAACAGGAGGGCCCAGGAGGAGUGGGCCAAGAACGAAGGCCUGAUGCCUCGGAGUCUGUCCUUUUCAGGCCCUCGGUACAGCCGCAGCCGGACGCCACCCUCUGCGGCCAGCAGCAGGUACAGCAUGCGGAACCGCAUCCAGAGCAGCCCGAUGACCGUCAUCUCCGAGGGAGAGGGAGAACCUACCGAGCCAGCGGACAACAGAGAGCACAGGGCCCUGGAUGCUGCCAGGGGAUGCUCUCUGGACAGGCUGGAGGGGCAGACAGUGGACCGGGACAGCCUGCCGUGCAGGGAGGAUCCCGCCUCUGUGGAUGGGCUGGGAAGGGCAGAGGGCAAAGGUCUCUCGGAGCACUGUGGGGGUACUGAAGAGUUAGGGUCAGAACCUGCCUCUCUUGAGUGAGGCAGGCGAGCAGUGCAUCAGUCUCGGAAGUCUAUGUGGCCUUUUCCUGGCUUGUGGGGACCCCACUCAGCAUUGGUGUUGGGGCGGUCUCAGCCUUUGCAGGUCACUUAGGACACACUCGCCACGUGGCUUAAAAGCAAGUAGAAGCUUCAACUUCUGAAAGUGCUUCCUGGGGAAGAUGUUUGUUUGUUUGUUUGUUUGUUUCCCAAAAAUGGCGGGUGUGUGUAUAUGUGGGUAUUUUGAACGCUUCAUUCUAAUACAUACACACACUAACAUGUGUAUAGAAUUAGGAGAAAAAAGUCAGAGUUAAGGUAAAAAAAGAAAGUCGUGGAGACUUCUGGGCCAUGAUGGUAACUGCUUUCAAAGCAUUAUGGGUAUGGGGAUGAGUAAGUUCACUAAGCAGAGACUUGAAGCUGUUACUUCUUAAGAGGCGUUGGGUUGGUUCUAAACAUGGAUGCACACGGGCUAUAGCUCAAGGCACACAGGGAAACCACAAAGAGGCUGGGAAAGGGCUAAGCAACUCAGUGGUCUGGGUACUUUUGUGGGGGAGGGGCCUUGCUACUGCUGCUGUUGCUGCCCUGGCUGCUUCUUCCUCCUCCCCUCCCCCUCCCUCUCUUCCUCCUGUAAAAAUACAAAUGGACAUGUUGAGGCUGUGUCCUGUGCCUCCUGCACACACUUCUAGCCUGAUGUCAGAAGCUUGGGUGGAUGUAUUUUUUUUGGUUUUGUUUUUUAACAUAAAUUCCCUAGAGUUGCAACCAAGCCCUUGCCAGUUGAGGUGAUGGUUGGUGUAGGAGAAUGAGGUAAGAGAGGCAAGAAGAGCAGGGUCUCCUGAGAGGAGGAGACGGGGAGUGAGUGAUGCUGCUGCAUUUGUUUCCUGCUUCUUAUUAAACAAAAUAUUUUCAGGACUAAACAUGCACUGUAGAACUGUGGGUGAAGCUUUUCCUUUAAAAAGAGUUGUUUUGUUUUAAAACCAGAGUUUAAACUUCCAAGCGGCAGCCUGUCACUUGAAAUGUCGACAUUUGCUAACUUUUGGAUAUCCUUUUGGUUAUACCAAAGAAAAAUAAUACAGCUAUUUUUUCCCCUGAACUGCUUGCAGCAUCGUGUCCUAACUUAGAAGGUUUACCAGAAUCUAUUAUACAUUAUUUCGCUUUGAAGAAAAUGCUGACUCUUGUUAGUGAAAGGAACGGAUAAAAUUGGUAGCGGUUGGCUAUUAACUAGCCCUGGGAAAUGAAUUUUUAGAUUAAAAAGAUUUUUUUGCACCAUU